GACAAAGAGUUCGAUCAGACUGUGCAGUUCCUGCCAGCAUCAGACAACAAAAAAUAUGAGAAGAAAAAAGGUCCCAGGAAACUUGGCGCUGUGAUUGGUGUGGUGAUCUUUGCCGCUGUUGUUGCUCUGAUGACUGGACUGCUGGUCUGGCAUUUCCACUUCCGUAAAAAUGAGAAGGUGAAAAGGAUGUACAUCGGCACCAUGAAGAUCACCGACCAGACGUUCAUCGACGAAUAUGAAAACUCCUACUCCGCUGAAUUCAAGUCGCUGGCGGAGCAGGUGGUCACACAGCUUAAAUCCAUCUACUUUAAAAGUCCACAGUUGAAGAAGUACUACGUCAGCUCUGCAGUUCAGGCUUUCAGUGAAGGCAGCGUUAUCGCCUACUACAUGUCCGAGUUCCUUGUUCCGCAUGGCCAAGAGGCGUCUGUGGACAAGGCUAUGAAAGAUGUGGGAAAUUUAGCCACCAAGGUGCGAGCGUCUGGAGUUAGCCCUCUUCGUUUUGAUGAGAUGGCGACCUCAGUUCUUGAUGCCCGCAUGUUGUCAACAUCUAUGAAGACUUUAAUGCAGAUACCGAUUCACUUGAAAGCCAACAAAGUGGAGCAGUUGCAGACCCCUGGUUUCCCCAACACUCCGUACACGUCCAACACCUUCUUCCAGUGGCAGCUGCGAGCGGACGCAGGCCAAGUUAUCAAGCUUCAGUUUGACACCAUAAAUCUGGAGGAGGACUGCAAGAAUGACUUUGUGAAGAUUUACGACUCCCUGGUGGCCAUGGAGAACCGCGUUAUGGGCGAACACCUGUAAUGAGAAGCUUUCAGGUUCUCAGGGCAGAUUCUCGACUCCAAACUACCCGACCUACUAUCCUCCAAACACGAAAUGUGUCUGGGAGAUCGAGGUUCCUCAGGGAAAAGUGGUGAAGUUGACCUUCAACAGUUUCUUUGUGGCCGAGCAUGGGCAGGAAGGGCACUCGGACUGUUCCAAGGACCACGUGUUGAUCAACAAUGAGAAACUGUGUGGAGAUUACGCGUCGGGGGAGCUGACCAGAGUGAGCAGCACCAACAAAAUGACGGUAACGUUUGUUUCCGACGACUCCUACGUCGACCACGGUUUUGACGCCAGCUUCGAGGCCGUUGAAAAAACAGACUUUUGUCCAAACGAGUUCCAGUGCAAAAAUAAGCGUUGCAUCAAUACCAACCUGACGUGUGACGGCUGGAACGACUGUGGAGAUUUGAGCGACGAGCUGAACUGCAAGUGCAGCUCUGGAAGCAUUCAGUGUAAUAACGGACUGUGCAAGCCCAAGUUCUGGCAGUGUGACGGUGUGAAUGACUGUGGAGACAACACCGACGAGAUGAACUGUGGAUGUAAAUCUGGAGAGUUUACUUGCAAAGACUUAAAAUGUGUGUCUGAGAAGAAAGUAUGCGACGGCAAUAACGACUGUGCCGACGGGUCGGAUGAGCUCGACUGUCAGACGAGUCAAAGCUCUCUUUCAGUGCCCUGCACUGACCUCACGUACAAAUGCAAAGACAACACCUGCAUCAGUAAAACAAACCCAGAGUGCGACGACGUGCCCGACUGCAAUGACAGAUCUGAUGAGAAGAACUGCGACUGCGGGACGAGAACUUUAAAGUCGUCACGCAUCGUGGGCGGGGAGAACGCAGAUGCUGGAGAGUUUCCGUGGCAGGUCAGCCUCCACAUCAAGAACAGUGGACACGUGUGCGGAGCGUCCCUCAUCAGUCCCACGUGGCUCGUCACUGCUUCCCACUGCGUCCAGGAUGAGGGAGCGCUGAAAUUGUCUAAGCCCGGCACCUGGGAGGUUUACCUGGGUCUUUACACCCAGGGGGUAACUGGGAGUCCCGUAGUGAAGAGGAACCUGAAGCAGGUCAUCUCCCACCCUUAUUACAACCCGUUCACCUUCGAUAACGACAUCGCCCUGAUGGAGCUGGACUCUCCCGUCACUUACUCCGACCACAUCAGGCCCAUCUGCUUACCCGCCGCCCAGCAUCAGUUUAACACAGGCGACACCGUUUGGAUCUCAGGAUGGGGUGCUUCACGAGAAGGAGGAGGUGUAGAAAAAGUUCUCCAGAAAGCCCAGGUCCGAUUUAUAAACCAGACAAUCUGUAACAGUUUAAUGGCAGGGCAGAUCACAUCCCGGAUGAUGUGUGCUGGAGUUCUGACAGGAGGAGUGGACGCCUGUCAG